UAAUCAUUCCAAAUGAAAAAGUAUGGAGAUUAGCUUUCUUCCCACUUCAUCUCUCUCGGUCUCUUCAACCUCUUUCCUUACCUCUCAACUUUAACUUUUCUCCUCCUUUCGUAAUAUAACUUCUACUAUUAGAUUCCACCUAAAAGCAAGUCAUUACUAUAAUUUAAAUCACUACACCUUUUAGAAAGAAGAGAGAUUCAUUCCUUUGCAUAUAUCAGCUUAUGUUGUUAGGGUUGAGAAACUAUUAGAACAAGCCUCAGUCUCUUCAUCAAUGAGUUUCUCUUAAUCACAACAUCAAUAUAUAUUACAUCUUUGGUUAGCUAUAUAUCUUAAGUUUUCUGGGUUUCUUUCAAAGAUAUUGGAAUUAACAGAGAAGAUGACAGAAGAAUCAAUUUCAGAUGUUUUUGUGAUUAAUCCUAUACCUGGAUCCAAUCCUCCAGUUGCAAAGAAGAAAAGAAACCUACCGGGAACACCAGAUCCGGAAGCAGAAGUCAUAGCCUUGUCCCCAAAGACUCUGAUGGCAACCAACAGAUUCUUGUGUGAAAUAUGCGGUAAGGGUUUCCAAAGAGAUCAAAACCUUCAACUUCAUCGGCGGGGACAUAACCUUCCGUGGAAGCUGAAGCAAAGGAGCACUAAAGAAGUAAGAAAACGCGUCUACGUGUGCCCUGAAAAGACCUGCGUGCAUCACCAUCCUUCAAGGGCUCUUGGGGACCUCACCGGUAUAAAGAAACACUUCUGUCGGAAGCAUGGAGAGAAGAAGUGGAAGUGCGACAAGUGCUCCAAGCGAUACGCUGUGCAGUCAGAUUGGAAAGCACACUCCAAAACCUGCGGCACCAGGGAAUACAAAUGCGACUGUGGUACUUUAUUUUCAAGAAGAGAUAGCUUCAUCACUCAUCGGGCCUUCUGCGAUGCCCUGGCAGAGGAAACCGCUAGAGUAAAUGCAGCUUCCAGCAUGCAUAGCAAUAUCAAUCACCAUCUUAUAGGGAACCAAAUAGGACCGCCCAUGGCACAACAUUUUCCCCCUAUUUUCAAGCAAAUUUCGAGCAAUGACGCAACGAUAGAUCAAACUAGAUGUGGACUUUCCUUAUGGAUGGGCCAAGCAUCUCAAUUCCACGACUCAAUUCCCAAAAGUCUCCAAGAGAUUCAUCAAUUUGGUUCCGUGAUUUCGAGAUCCAUAUACAGUGAUCUGCUAGUUUCAACUUCGAAUCCUCCUGCAUCUGGUUAUCACUUAAAUUGGGUGUUAGGGAAUAAGGUGUCAUCGAGUCAUGCUGAAGAGCUAACAAGCACUUCCCUUCCUUUGAACAAUGUCAAAGAAAAUGGAGCUCAGCUUGUGAGUGUUCCUUCAUUACUCAGUACCCAAAAGCUCCACUCUCAUCAACCCACAUCCGCAAAUAUGUCUGCCACAGCUUUGUUGCAGAAAGCCGCCCAAAUUGGUGCUACUUCUACUGACACAUCAUUCCACGGAAGCUUGGGAACCAAGUGUAGCAACAGUCAAAUUCAAGAUGGGAACAAGUAUAGUGGUCUGUAUGUGUCAAAUACUCCACCAACUAGUUUUGGAAGUGAUCUAGAAAAUUCAGCAAAUGACAUUUCCAAUUUGAAUCAACUGCAAAUGCAGCCUGCAAAGCGUCAGCGCUUGCAGAACGAAGAUAGUAGUGGCGGACAAACAAGAGACUUUUUGGGCGUCGGAGUACUGCCUAUCUGUCACCCGUCUUCAAUCAAUGGAUGGACAUGAUAUGGCAUGGGAAUUUUGGGAGUUCGCAUAUUUCCUUGAUGUAAAGCUACGCCGAUAAUAAAGGGAUGCGGGUUCAGAGAGAUGGGAAGGUAGAGACAGAAUUUAGUGUUUAUUUGGAAACUUAGGGAAGAAAAGUUGCACUGAGUGCACGAUGAGAGGCUAAAAGUAUGCCUAAGAACCAUUGUUAGGGUGAGAUCCAUGCAUAUUCUCUAAAACCCGUGAACGCCGAUUCCUUUAAAAAUUGUGGCUUUUAGCUUUGCUAAAAGGGGAUGGAGUAUAGUGGGGGCAAGCAGGCACAGCGAAAACCCCUUUAGACCUUCAUUAUUGCAUUUGUUUCACUCCACUUUGUUUUUGGUUUGUCAUACUAGAUUUAAAGAACUCUUCCAGAUGCAUAAAAGCUUGAUUAUUCUAAGUACAAA